CUCCUUUUGGGUAUAUGAGAAGAAGGCAGUUUAUACCCAAUUCCACAUAUAAUAUCCAGUAGGGUUUUCAAAUUCUCCUCCUUUACCAUAACCAAAACGCAAGGAGAAAGAAAAAGAGAGAGAAUCAUACAUUUCGAUUCAGAAACAGAAAGAAAAAAAGGGGUUUUGAAGAAUUAUAAAGUAAAGAAGAAGGAAAGGUAGAAGAGUUUUGAGUUGUUGAUGAUGAUGAACAUGGUGGCGGUGAAACCUGCAUGGUUAGAGGGAUUGAUGGCAGAGACGUUCUUCGGGUCUUGUGGGGCCCACGAGAAUUGCAGGAAGAACGAGAAGAACGUCUUUUGCUUGCUCUGUUGCCUCAGCAUCUGCCCUCACUGCCUCCCUUCUCAUCGCUCCCACCCUCUUCUUCAGGUGAGGCGCUACGUCUACCAUGACGUCGUUAGGUUGGAUGAUCUUGAGAAGCUUAUUGACUGCUCUCACAUUCAGCCCUAUACUAUAAACGGUGCCAAAGUAAUAUUCUUGAAUCAGAGGCCCCAGUCAAGGUCCAAGGGCUCUGCCAACAUUUGCUUCACUUGUGACAGGAUUCUCCAGGAGCCGUUCCGCUUCUGUUCUCUGUCAUGCAAGGUUGAUCACUUGGUAGAUCAAGGUGAGGAUCUGUCAACCAUCCUGUACAGGAUUGAUGACUCGGAUUUUGCAUUUUCACAGUUUGAGGGACUAAGGGUUGAUGUUCCAGAAAUGAUGGAUGAUGAUCAAAUCACUCCAAACUCCAUCCUGGAAAACCCCUUGCAAUACAAAGGCACAUCUGGUUCCAACGAAAACGUGGGUAAUUCUGAAAUUUCACGAGGAAAGGAGGUGGUGAGGAAGAAGAAAGGUACUGGCUUCCUAGGAGGCAUAGUUCUCUCCCUCAACAAUAGGAGAAAGGGUGCUCCUCAAAGAGCUCCUCUUUCCUAGAGGAAUUUGGCAUUGAACAAUAGUUAGAAAAAAUAAAAUCUAGGGUAGAAAUUAGUGGAGGAGAUGAUAAAAUUAUGAGCAUAUGUUUGUGAAGUUAAUGCAUGCAUGUAUGGUACUACUGAGUAGGGUUAAUUGAUAUUAGCAGUGUUGCUUAGAUUUUCUUUAUGUUAGCUCUUCUGAAUCGGAAUAUGCAUUUCCGUUACUGACUCAGGUGGGGAGCUAUGCUAGAAAGCUGUAGAGAGACUCUAGAGUCUCCUUGAUUCCCACCAAUUUUGUACUAAUGUAAUGGAACUUGCACCUUUCAAUGUAUAUUAAUUAAAUAUGAUUUUCAACU